CAUGUUGCGACGUUGCCUCUCGCCCGGUAGAAUUACGUGUACCUUGCCCAGGCCGUCGCUAAUCCGGUUAGCUGCUCAGCACUUCUACAAAUUUUGGGAGGUUAAAAUUUCGGUUUGCAAGGAUGCUGGCUACUAUUGGUCGACAACUUAAAAGCCACCCCAGUUUGAUCCCCCUUUUCAUCUUCAUUGGGGGAGGCUGUACUAUGUCCCUUUCGUACCUGGCUCGCUUGGGCCUCCGUAACCCCGAUGUCUGCUGGGACAAAAAAAACAACCCUGAGCCCUGGAACAAACUUGGGCCCAAUGAUCAGUACAAGUUCUUUGCAGUGAACAUGGACUACAGCAAACUGAAGAAAGACCGUCCCGACUUCUAAAGCCACUUGUCAGCCUUCUGGACACUAAGGUACCCAAGGGCAAGCUGAAGACCAGCCGCACAUUUCUUCCCCACAGUGUCCUUUUCUCCAACCAAGCUCAAGUAGAGAGGCUAAACCGCACAAUUUUGUCUCUACGUGUUUGCCAAAUUCCCUUUUUUUUUCCCUUAAAUACAGUUGGACUAUAACCUCAGUGCUUCUGUUUCCUUGUUCUUUAUGGUUAUGUACAGUAGUACAAUAAAGGACACUUAUCUACCUUGUACAGAGAAAA